GAACAUUAAUCAAUUAUCAUUAUUCAGCAAAAAAAUCUCCACUUUUUCGUUUUUGUUCAAUCUCGAAUACCACAAACUCAAAAUCCCAAACCCGUGUGUGCCAUCCACAGAUUUCGCGAAAAAUAAAAAAUAUCACGCGCUGGUACCACCUUUCCCCAAACCAUCAAUUCCAAUCCUCCCAAUUUCCACAAUCUUCAACCUUCAAAUUCUGCUUCACCUUUCAUUCAUUUCACUUCAGAGAGAACAAAACAGAAUGGGCGUCGUGGUGAUCGACGGCAGCACCGUGCGCGACUUCGUGAACGACGAAACCGCCUUCACCAAGAGCGUGGACGAGCAGUUCUCGGCGCUGGACCUCAACAACGACGGCGUCCUCUCGCGCUCGGAGCUCCGCACGGCCUUCGAGUCCAUGCGCCUCAUCGAGACGCACUUCGGCAUCGACGUUUCCACGCCGCCGGAGCAGCUCGCGAAGCUCUACGACUCCAUCUUCGACAAGUUCGACGGCGACCGGAGCGGCGCCGUCGACCGCCGCGAGUUCCGCGACGAGAUGAGGAAGAUCAUGCUCGCCAUCGCCGACGGCCUCGGAUCGUUCCCCAUAAGGAUGGUCCUCGAGGACGAUCCCAAUAGUCUUCUUCAGAAAGCCGCGGAUCUUGAAGCCUCCAAGACCUGAAAUCCAAACGGCGACGUUUUGAGUUCGGUUCGGUAAUAGUAAUUGAUUGUGCUUUCGUGCGUUCACUUUGUUUUUCUUUUCUUAAAUAAAAGGGUUUAUGUAGAGACCGUGUUUCGAAACUGAGGUUCCGUUCUGUGUAUAAUGUAAGGGACACUGUUAUUAACUUAUCAUGUUGAGUGUUGAGUUAAUUAUACUUUUUUUCCCUAA